AAAAAGGCCGUCAUGAUUCUGCUCUCCUCGCCUCGCUGCCGUCUCCAGCUGGCUCUUGAUUUCGCUCCCUUAUCUCUCCAACACGUCCUGCGAUCCUCUCGCUCCGCCCUUGCUUGUGUACCUAGCCGUGGUCUCCGUUUCGCUUGCCUCCCGCCGCCUCCCGUUUGUGCCGGCCUGCCACUCGUUGUCGGCACCUUGACCUGUGGACGAGCUGGCAAAAGUGACCAGUCGCAGCAACAUCCUGCUUACUACAUGCCACGGACUCACGCUUCCAUCUCCGGUUUUGCCGAUGCCUGAAUCUGUCUGUGUUGUGCAUCUCACGUCGGAGUCUACCCCAUAGUGUCUUGCCAUUCCACCAACCGCGCUCUGGUUCGCCCUCGGGUCUUGCACACGCCAGCGCAGGGCCUUCGCGAUCGCUGUCAGAUCUGCCAUCUGUCCCCAUCCCUCGGGAAGGCUCCGCGCGCGUCCUGGAACUAUAUCAGUUCGCAAACGUCCGCCCCGUCUGCGCAGGCCGGUCUUGCCGCAUCGUGAGACGCUGUUGGGGACUCUGUUGACUCUACGUUUGCCAGAGUUGGACGUGUGCCAUCCCUCAACCCUCACAAAGGUCGGCUUGCCUCCGUGCUGAGUAGCAAAUCCCCGCUUUCCAGGCGUGACCGGAAACGACGCUUGCUUGCUCUGUGGCCGAUUGCGAUCGCGUUUGCCCCGGAAAUUCUUGCCGAACCUCGACAGUGGAUGGUUGCCACGGACAUCAUCUCGCCGUGGUAAACACAACGCGCCAAACGCGAAUCUGAUCCAGCGCGCCCGCUUCAAAACACACCGAAUCGCAGCGCUCGACUUGCUCGGAUUGCACAUUUAUACGGGGCCCGUUCUCUCACGCUGCAGGUUCCGCCCCGCGCUGCUUGACUGUCGUGAGAACCGCUUUCGAAUCCAGCUCUCGACAUGGCCAGCGUCCGAUCCUCCUUCGCCCAUUCACGGCAGAACUCGGACCAGUCAAAUGCAUCCGGCACUUCGUACCAGUUGAUCUUGGAGCACAUCCUCUCGUAUCCAAACACGUACGAGAUCCCACUUCGGACCAUGUACACGCUGAAUUGCGCCCCGCGUGCGCAGCCGCCGUCAACACACCAGAGUCGGGCUCCCUCACCCACGUCGUCUUCAGGAUCGCCCACGUCGCCAACUUUCCCGUACGACCAGCAAGCGGCCACGGCGCAGUUCACGUCCGCGUUGAUGGACCAGUUAUCACAGUUGCCCUUGCACUCGUCCUCCCUCCCACCCGCUUUCGUCACCUCCUUUGUGAACCGUUGCUUCCCGGUCGAGCUCGAGUGUGUAGACUUUCCCCAGUCCCUGACCGCGCUGGACUAUCUGAAAGACCUCGAAGUGCGAAGAAGUAAAGAGAUUGUUAACUCGUUCCGCACCCUGGACCUCGAUCAGUCGAAUCUGUCAUCGGAGAAGAUACACGAACUUCGGAGCUGGAAUCCUGCUGUUGCUGACUGGGUAGAGAGCCUGGAAAACAAGCUGCGCAAGGUUGAGGCUUUGUACACGUCUGUCUACAUCUCACUUCGCAGAUGGAUCUUGAUAAAUGAAAUGUGUCUAGAGCCGUUCAGCAAGAACAACUGUCUUGCCAUGCUUAACACGCUAUACCCACCGGUCAUGUCGUCACAGCCGACCGCCAAGCUAACCAUAGCCACCCUUCAAACCCAGCGUGAGGGCUUCUUCAAGUACAUCCAGACGGUCGAGAAGAGGGGCACCGGAUGUCUCGCGACCUUGAUGAAGCAAGGACGAAGGGAAGGCGAAGUCAACGGAUGGCCCGCGGCGAGGCGAGUUUUGUCGCAGUACCUUGCCUUAGCCAACAGCAUCAUCAAUGAGUGUUGGGACAUCAACAACCUGAGAUUUAAUGUAACACGACCUCUGGGACCUGCGGCGCCUCCUCCUGCAACGCCAACUGCGGGACAAGACUCCGAAAAACGGCAUGGCAAGAUGGACUCGGGUGUCAGCUUUGGGCCCCAGGGUCAGCAGCACUACAAAAGUGACUCAACAAGUAGUGCCAAGUCUGCUCCCGUACAUCGAACCCCCCAAGUCGAUUCAAUUGGUAAAGGAGGCACCGCCCUGGAACGACUGGCCCGUGAAUUUCGUAAGAUUCGGCCGAAGCAGAGGUCUGUCAAUGAGAUCGACGGUUCCAGAAGGCCUUCGUUCCAGACCAGCGACCAAGAGAGUCAAUCUCCGACGUCUCCUUCGUCUGUGAAACCCAAAGGAAGCCUGAGCAGAUUACGCAAGAUGAAGUCUCUUGGCACUCUACACGACAACUCGAGCUCCAACAGCAUUUUGGGCUUCUCGAGAGCCGCGACUCCAACCUUCGACCCAAAGGAGAUGAAGCGGCAUCGAGACGCGUACGAACGACGUGCCGUAGAGAUGUCGUUCCCAUGAUCUGCAGCGACCAACGUUUGUCUUUCACCUUUGUACAAUAUACUCUCGCAAUCCGGGCGCAAGCUUUUACACGAUUACAUCAGCGCAUGUCACGGCUAGAACACUGAAUUCAUUCUCUCACGAGAAUACCAACAAAGCGAAAUCACGUCCUCUUCACGGUAGCAUUGAGAAAUGUUUCAUGACUUUUUGGGCCUGCCUCUUCAAUCCGGAUCACGCAUGACAUCGGGCGGUUCUACCCACUUCUUUGAGCGUUCCUUGAAGCCAGCUGAAGACUUCCGGCAUCCAACUCACCAUAACAAAUGUAUCUUCAGAGCUCGGCAUCAAUCUUCGUCACGCCACUUUGUUCCUCUGCGAUAGCAAGUGCGCAACAGCCAAUCUUUACUUUCCUUUCUGCUUGAGUCCUACCCAAGUAGCGUUCUGGCAUGGCAUGUUCACAUCGGCGUAUGGCCGGGGAAAAGUCUUAAGUUCUUGUUACAGGUCGUUGACCAAAUUUUUUUUUUUCAUGCCCCAUCAGAAUUUUUCGGACGGCUUCAGAAAACGAACCAUCAUCCAGGCGACGUUAUGAAAAUUUAACGUUUGGACACGAACAUAUUUCUUGUACAAUGGCAUUCACAGGGAGGGUUUCGUGUGUGAGAUACACGGCUCAUAGUCUAUAUAGAGUUGCGAGUUGAGCGGCACAAGUUUGUGAACGCACAGCUGAACAAAGAAUACAUCAACUGGAAACAAA